AGAGGAGGGAAGCCACGAGCAGGGCUGGUUGGAGGGGAUGUGCCGGGUCUCCGGUGGGGGAGGGAGGCACACUUCCUGGUGCAGAUGUGGGGAGAUCUGAGUUCAGGUCUUGAUGCCGAGCCCCUCCUCUGCAUCGCCAACUCCAGCGGAGCUCAGGGUGAAGCUGACGGGCACGCAGGGGGAGAGGACGAUGUGGAGCGCCACAGGCCAUCAGAGCCAGGCCUGGAUGAACCAAACGCUCCUGGUGACCAGCCUCGUGGAGCUCCAGAUUGUGCUGGAGGCCACUGGUGGAGCCUGGGCCAGCUCAGGGGUGAUCGCCGUGGAUGACCUCCAGUACACGGUUGGGCUGGACUGUGCCACUCCUCGGGGAGGCCAAGCAGAAGGGAGUGGCAGCCCCCGCCAGGAGCCAACGGUUGGCAUGGUGGCGGGCAUUGUGAGCUCCGUCCUCCUGGUGCUGAUCGGGGCCGCCUGCUGCCUGUGGAAGCAGAGAGCGACUCGGGAGCAGAUGGCAGAGGAGGAUGGCAGCGGCCAGGGCUUUGACAACAUCGCCUUUCGAGACGACAGAAUUAUCCUGCCCCAGAUGGCUUCUGAUACAGCAAUGGCCUGAGUCAGCCCCCGCCCUCCACCUGCCGGUCCUGCACAGCCAAGCCCGUCCGGUCUCCUGUCAGCCUCUGUCCCCCCGGAGAGGAAGCCCACAGUGAACCCUAGGACUCUAAUAAAGGGGGUGUCCUCGAGA